ACCCCAAUCUUUUACCCCAAGCUCCCUUCUGUGCCCAACCUCCACCCAGACUCCGUAUCUACUCCAUUAAUAACACGGAAAAAUGCAGCCCUUGCCCACUUUCCGAAAUCUUGGAGUGCCCCCCUGUCAAAAAUUAUUGCCCACCCCCGAUCUGAGGGCAUCCCUCUCCUCUGGCCAUAAAGAAAGGGAGGGUGGUCAUGAGCAGCCCUGGAUGUGCUAAGAGAUUCUAGUCCCUUCCACCUUCCUCCCAGGCAGGUCAAGAGUCCAUGUGUUAGGCUACUUCCUCCAGGUACUGGGUGAGCAAGGAAAGAGGUGAGGGCUCCACAUUAGUGACUGCCUCCAAUUCCACUAGCACAAAAUCAAACCUAUAGCAAAGAUGGGACACAUGCAGGUAUAACAAAGCAGUUAGUCUCUGGGCCCUCUCACUUUCAAGACAGACAGCUUUUGGUGGAAACAGUGCUCGUAUUGUCCUACACUACUGGAGUGGGAGAGCAUGAGUUUUUCACAAUGAGCUCAAUCAAACUAAGCCCACACACACAUGUACAGUAACGCCUAUGUAACCCACAUAUCUGCUGGGUGUGGUUCAUUGUCCCAUCUAGUGGCACUUAGAGAGAGAGAGAGCCUUAGCUGAGAGCUUUUUAAUUCAAACUAUAGAGGUUCAUGCACUAAGCUCCAGAGGUCCCAGGUUUGGUUUGUCUGUCAAUGUUACACCUGUAUUUCAGGACUUGAGACAGAUGUGAAUGAGUGGCCCAAUUAUAGUUGCCUGCCAGCCCUAUCAGACUAUUUUCUAGAGAUGCUGUUAUAAUCUAUCUCUACUGUGGUGCCUAUAGGUCACGGCCAGCUGGCUCUGGUUAAGUAAGUGGUGAACUGAGACUUCUGUUUUUUUUGCUUACUCUAGUACUUCUCCCACCUUUACCUUGUUGGUCCGUCUUGCCUACCUGCCACACCCUGCCUGACACCUUGACUUGGGUUUAUGCUGAGUUACAACAGUUGGAGGUAUGGCCCAGAAUGUGUCCUAGUGGCGAAACCUGUUAGACGAGGAUUGCAGUGAACCUGGAAGAACUGGAGAGCCACUUAAUUAUUGAAUGGAGCGAUCAACGGCCGUAUGUGUUUGACAGUACAGCAUCCUGACUCUGCACUGUGACAUUUGUGUGGUCAAGGCUUGUCAUUGUGGCAUAUCUGUGCAACAUGAUGAAGACAACACAAAGCAGUCUUUGAAUGUUCUGCUGUGAUAACUUUUGUGGUUCUGUAUUAUUCCCAGCAUUGUGGAUUUUCCAGCAUGUCAGAACCUAUAACGCUCAAUGUUGGAGGAAAACUGUACACCACUUCCCUGUCUACCCUGACAAGUUUUCCAGACUCCAUGUUGGGUGCUAUGUUUAGUGGAAAGAUGCCUACCAAGAGGGAUAGCCAAGGCAACUGUUUCAUUGACAGAGAUGGCAAAGUGUUCCGCUACAUCCUAAACUUCUUGAGAACAUCCCACUUGGACCUCCCUGAGGACUUCCAGGAAAUGGGCUUGUUGCGCCGGGAAGUGGAUUUUUAUCAAGUCCAGCCACUGAUUGAAGCGUUGCAAGAGAAGGAGGUGGAGCUGUCCAAAGCUGAGAAGAAUGCCAUGCUUAAUAUCACUUUGGAUCAGAGGACACAAACUGUUCACUUCACGGUUCGGGAAGCACCCCAGAUCUACAGCCUGUCUUCUUCCAACAUGGAAGUAUUUAGUGCCCACAUAUUCAGCACGUCAUCUUUGUUCUUGAAGCUUCUGGGUUCCAAACUUUACUAUUGCUUCAAUGGUAACCUAUCUUCAAUAUCCAGCUUCCUGAAGGACUCCAACCACUUGACCUUAGAUUGGGUCGCACCUGUGGAAGGCCUGCCAGAAGAGGAGUACACUAGACAGAACUUAAAGAGACUUUGGGUGUUGCCAGCUAAUAAGCAAAUUAAUAGCUUCCAGGUGUUUGUGGAAGAGGUGCUAAAAAUAGCCAUGAGUGAUGGCUUUUGUGUGGAUUCCUCCCACCCACAUGCCUCUGAUUUAAUGAAUAAUAAGAUUAUUCGAUUAAUUCGGUACAAGUAAAAAUAGCCUGUUAAGAUAUCAGGAUAGACAUAACCCAACACAGUGUUUUGUUUUAAGACCCACUUCAAGACGCAGUAGCAAACAGCUUACUACAAAAUUGUGAUAAUCUUCAUUAAGAAUCACUAACUGUGACUUGAUUUUUCCUAUACUGAAUUUAUCAUUAUGUCCUUUCAGAAUAUGUCUAUAUUCUAGAUGGAUGAAGUACUGUCUACUGUCUUGAGUUGGGUUAGGAAUUAAGGAGUCCUGGGCUCCAUUUCUUCCUUUGCCACAGAUUUGCUGGGUGAUUAAGGGCCGGUCACUUCUCUCUGAUUCUGUUUUCCCAUUGGAGAAGAGGGAUAAUAAUACUUACUUCAAAAGAAUGCCAUGAGGCUUAAAUAAUGAAGUUUACAUAUCACCAUGAGAUCGUCCAUUGCAGUGUUUAUAGAGCUUCAGAGUUGUAUUGAGUGCAAUGGGUCUGAUUCUCUUAUCACAUUGUGUAGCUAAUUAUACCUGGCUAGAGUGGCUGUAGACUGCUACCAGGUCAGCAGGAUAGAGAUUUCACUCUCACACACCAGGUAUAAUCGACUAUGCAAGGAAGUGGAGGCUGUGGCUCAGUGUUUAAUCUGAAGUCGUCUUGUCCCAGUGAAGGCUAGUUCUUUUCCCUGUAAUGAACUCUCAAUCCUGUUCUUUUAUUGGAGUAUCCAUGUUUGCACUAGGCCAGUGGUUCCCAACCUUUUCAAGCAUAUGGACCCCUUUUCAAUCUGUUAAAAUUUUACGCUCCCCCCCCCAAAAGGGAAGCAGCAGGAAAGCAGCAGCCAGCACAUCCCUUGGCUUGUGCUGCUUCCUCAGCUCCCACUUCCUCCAACCCCUGCUCAUCCAUGGAGGAUACAGUUAGGGGGUUCUUAUGGCCAAAGACAGCUCCUGCCCUGGCACUCCACCCUUGGCAAGCAUGGAAUCCUGGGGAAGAAAAAAAAAGAAAAGGAAAAGAAAAGUAAGGGUCAGGCCCACUGUGGGACUGGGAGGAGGGAGAGGACUGGAGCGUAAACGGCAGCGCAGCUAGUGGCGGGAGGACGGAUGGUGCCUCCUGAGCUAUCAAGAUCCCAUCUUGAGGAUGGGAAGCAUGUGCGUGUGGCUGGUCGCACAUGGAAAGUCCCAGGCCCUCAGUGGGCCUGAUCCUUACUUUUCCUUUCCUAAAUUUUCCACAGACCCCCUACAGUACCAUCGUGGACUCCCAGGGGUCUGCGGACCCCAGGUUGGAAACCACUGUACUAGGAAAUUUGGAUGCCAUUGCAGAGAAAAUAACACUGUCUACUACAUAGGUUUUUUUUUUAUUUAAACGUGUGGAAACACUUAAAUCUUAUUAGGCUCAAAUGCAUUAAAGGUAACUAGGUUUAGUCUUUCUGAUAAUGGUAUGUGUGUUUAAAGGAUAGUUUUGGAAAACGCUUUUUGUUCUGAAGAUUAUUAAGAGAAUACAAAGUAGCGGCCUCCAAAUGUAUUCUAAAUAGUUUGGACCACAUCCACACAUGCCCCACACCUUCUCUUUGGGCAAGUGCUUCUUAGGGGAAAGGUGUACUGAAGGCUUCAUAGCUGUACUAAACAUAAUGCAGCUUCAUAGCUAUACUAAACAUAGUUUGCCUUUUGGAAUAAAAUUUAUCCCUUCUAUAAGAUUAUACAUGAGAAGCUCUCUAGUUACUUUUCUUCAGUAAGGACCAGGGUCCUGAUUCUCCUUGUACCUGGUGCAUUGUUUGCACUAGUGCCAAGUGAGUGUUGUAAGAGACUACCCAAUCAGAAUGGAAGCAUUUUAUACCUAUUGUGCUCUGGUGUGAAUGACUACACACAAGGGAAGGAAAUGGAGAACUAGCUCAGUAGAAAUGGUGGAAAUGGCCAAGCUCUUUAACUAAGGCCUUGUCUGCUCUAUAACUUCUAAUAACAUUUCUAAUCACUUAGCAGCAUGGUUUGCUCUAAACAUAAUUAGCAUCCACUCCAACCAUGCUGAGCACUCAGGCAUGAGUUGCCAUGACUACUGUGGUCCUUGCAAGCAUUAUAGACUAGCAGUUGUCUUUCUGGAAGUAAGUCAUCACCCUCAAACGCUGACUGCAAUGGGAAACCUCUGGAUGCUGUCUAGUAUCUGUCAGCAUUAAUGAAGGGAGAAUACAGUGGUCUAUAAAGCAUCCAAUAACUAGCAUCCAUACCUGCAUUUUUAUUGUCUCCAGAAGCUUUUAAAUGAGAUCUGUAUUUUUACAAAGCUUAGCCUCGUCUCAGUCCCUGCUUCAAAAAGUAGCAUGGUGCUGACCCAGCUUAUAAGUUACCAUUGCAUAAGAGUUGUAUUUUGUUUCUGUUAUUAAAAUGUAUAAAAUCUGUGCAACUUUGUGACCAAGCUGUACUGGCUGUUGAUGGUAAAAACCCAGAUGUUGCAGCAAGUGGUAUGAGCAGCUUGACAUACAACACCACUUCCCGAGUCAGUGCUGCAUCAGUGUGAUACAGGAAGCACCAGCCAACUGUAGAUUCUGCCUUUUGGGUGAGAUGUAAAAUUGAGGUCCUACCCCCUUCUAAUAGGGGUUGGUAAUAAUUAUUGAAGGGGGGCCACUUUGUGAAUUUCAGAAGUGGCUGUGGGCUGUCCCGGAAGGGGCGGGGCCUCAGGUGGAAGAGGCUGG